ACAUUGCAUACUGAUGUUGGAGAUAUGAAAGUUGAACUUUUUUGUGAGCAAUGCCCUAAAGCAUGUGAGGGGGAAAAGCUCUAUGAACUAGCCCUUCUCUUCUAAGCCCUGGAUUCAGUCAGAUCAGAGCUGGAUCAUCCAUGAAAUUUGUUUAUUUAAGCACAUGUUUAGGGCAUCAAGGAAAAGCAGCACGACAAAAAUUUCUCCUUGCUUGUUUUACCAUGGGAUGAAUGAUGCAACUAAACCAAGAUAAGAAGAAUAAAAAGGGAAAAACUAAUGUGAAUAUUAAAGGCUUCAUUGUUCAGACAGGUGAUCCAACAGGCACAGGGAAAGGCGGUGUCAGUAUAUGGGGAAAGAAAUUUGAGGAUGAACUCAAAGAUGAACUUAAGCAUAAUACUCGUGGGGUUGUAUCUAUGGCAAGCAAUGGACCAAAUACAAAUGGCUCUCAAUUUUUUAUCACAUAUGCAAAACAGCCUCAUUUAGAUAUGAAGUAUACACUUUUUGGAAAGGUUAUAGAUGGUUUGGAGACUUUAGAUGAACUGGAGAAACUGCCUGUGAAUCCAAAAACGUAUAGACCUUUGACAGACACAAGACUUAAUUCUGUUACUAUCCAUGCAAAUCCUUUUGCAAAGUAAUCUGUAAUUUUCUUCUGAUAUCUUUUGCUUCAGAAAGGAGAACAUAAGUUGAAUUAUCCUUUUUUAUUGUUAAAUUUUUACUCGUACAUGUGUCUAUUUCUUGAGCAAUGAAUAAAUAUUUGAGUUGGAUUGUCUGCUCAUGUUGUAAAAUUAAACUUGGAGAAUCAGAACUGAUAUGCAUUUUUUUACUGCUUAUAAGAAAAACAGGAAUUUGUGUAUAUCAUGUAUAAAAUUUUGAAGUGGGAACAAGGUUUAACCCGCCAGUACGCACGCCAGGUAUCUCAUAACCGAGGGCAUAUUCUUUGUCCUUAUCUCCAAACCGCUUUCUUGGAAAUGGGCGAAACCUUUUGUAGCUGAAUUCAAGGUGACAUUUUUGAAGCUGGGAAAUCCAUGGAGUGAUUCUUCGAAUACUUUUUUAGAAAUUGUACCGUUUGGGUAUGUGACACCCAUGUGCCAUCUCGCAUCUCUCAGAUUUUCAUGCUUACUUUCUUAGUUAGUCAGUAUGGCGCUGCAUCUAAGUUAUGAUAAAGAAAUGGAAAGGUUGAAAAAUAUGCUAGAAACCAUUCAACAGAUGAUGAAUCAUUUAGCGAAGUGGAGGAAGAAUUAAUAGAUGAAGAAUGCAGCAGCAAUCGUAAUUCAUCAACAGACAGUGUUGCAGACACUGAAUUAGAUAGGGAAUUAGAAAAUCUAUCAAAUGAUAAAAGUGUUGUCCUACUAUCAAUUAUGCACAACGAUAAUAAAAUUGAUGAAACCACUGGAGUACUAAAAAAGCUGGAGAUUAUUUCAUUCUCCAUAAAUAUGUAUCCUUGUCUUUUCGCUAAUAAAAUUGUCAUAAACCCUUGA